UGUAUCAACAAAAUUUAUAAAAUAUAUAUGGCGUUUUUUAAUAACUUUAACUUAUUUUAUAUAUGAUAUUUUAAAAAUUGUUCUUAAUACUAGUAUAUCUCUGAUUAUCUAUGUUAUUGAUUAUAUUACAUUCACUUUUAAAUUAUUAAAGAAAAUGCCACACGAAUUAAAGAAAUUUAUGUCUCUAAAAAGAUACUUACUACCUCAGAGUUUUGAUGAGAAAACAAUGAGCACAAUAUCACGUUUAGAAGGAAACCAUAAUGUUAUUGGACUUAUGUAUUUUUGCAACAACUUUGUUGAAUUAUCCACUGUACCUGGAUCCAUGGCACGUACGUUGAUAAAAAGAUUGCCGCAUCUAAACACUGCUACUAAACAGGCUUUCGCUGAAAUUACCGCUAAUAUCAAUGGAAUCAAUCCAAUUGUGGAUAGAAUAAUAGAGGACGAGUCUGUAGAAGGUGUUAUUAUGACUAACAGAGAUGGAGCACCUAUACUGACGAACAUCAGUUUAACUAGAGCAACUAACUUUGGAUUAGCAUUGAAACGAUUAGGAACAAUGAUACAAAGUUAUAUACAGGAAUUGGAUCCAUUUGACGAGGUCCUGGCCGUACGAAUAAAUACGAAACAAAUUGAAAUGCUCGUGGCACCACAUACGGAAUUUAACAUAAUAGUCGUCCAACACGCUAGGCAUAAAAUAAAACACAUGAAAAAUAAAAUUAAUAAAUAAGUAACUUAACUAUUCGUAAAUUUUAUUGUAAUUGAAGUCAUCAAGUAUUAAAAAACUGAUUAUACUUCGGA